GUACGGACGAAGUACGGGCGCGUCGCGUCCGAUGUAAAAUGUCCGCUAGAGGGAUAAGACGGAAGAAAUCGUCGCUGUCUGAAGUGAAAGUCGCCGUGAUCGGCGCGCCAUCUGUCGGCAAGAGCGCUCUUACAGUCCGAUUCUUGACGAAGAGGUACAUCGGAGAGUACGAUCAUCAACAAGAUAGCAAAUACAAACAUGAAGCUUUAUUGGACGGUGAGCCGAUACUGUUCGAAAUUCUGGAUACAUGUCCAAAGAGUCUAGAUGAGUUGCCCGGCAAUGAGAUCGCGCAAUGGGCUGACGGUCUGUUCCUGGUGUACUCAAUCACAGACCGAGAAUCCUUCAACUACGUCCGUCGGGCCAAGCAGAGCCUCCAGCCAGAAAUACCUCUCGCUCUCGUCGGUAAUAAAGCUGACAUGGUGCACCUGAGACAGGUGAGUCCCGAAGAGGGCGAGAUCCUUGCAAAGGACUUCGAGUGCAGUUUUGCUGAAGUAGCUGCCGCGGAACAAGUGAAUCAAGUCGGGGAGGUAUUUCACGAACUCUGUAGAGAGGUCUUAACGCAUAGACGGAGAGCCAAACAUAGUUUACUGGACAGAAUGCUAGGCUCUAAAACUGCGUACAGAGUAUAUUCUAGAGGAAAAAGCGACAGUGCAUUGCCUAAAGAUUAGCUGCAUUUACCUGUCUCUAAAAUGAGAGAAAAUGUAUUGAAAGAUCACAUAAUUAAGGACACCGAAGUUCAGGGUUUUUACGCCGUAUGUAAGGCAACCCUGACUGACCAGUAUUCCAUGUUAAUUGUCAGAAUACUAUGAAUAUUGGACUGUAAAACGACUAAGGGUCUGUUUCACAACGCCUGGAUGGUCACUUUCAAAUUUGAAAAUAGAACGUAAUUUAGUUGGUACUUGAAUGAAGGUAGUGAAACAGGCC